CCACGUCAGAGUCUGAGGCUUGGCCCUUACUCACAGUUUCAGUACAUACAGACGCUGCUUCCGCGAGCCCCGGCACUCUGCGGGACUUAACCCAACCAAGCUGCUCAUACACACAAGAUGGGAGCCUGCUGCCUGGAAAAGAAAGAGCGAAAGUUAGGGAAACUUAACGGCUGGAGAAAGUUCAAGAGAAUGUUGAAUCGGGAGCUGACACACCUAUCAGAGAUGAGUCGCUCCGGCAACCAGGUGUCCGAGUUCAUCUCCAACACCUUCCUAGACAAACAGAACGACAUGGACAUGCCGUCGGUGACGCCCAAGGAGAAGGCCGGCCGGGAGAAGAAGAAGAAGCAGCAGCUGAUGAUGACUCAGAUCAGUGGAGUGAAGAAGGUCUCUCACGGACCCUCCCUCUCCAGCUCCUCCAUCUCACGUUUCGGGGUCAAGACGGACAAGGAGGACAUGCUCUCCAAGGAACUGGAGGAUCUGAAUAAGUGGGGGUUGAACAUCUUUACCGUGUCCGAGUACUCCGAACAUAGACCGCUCACCUGUAUCAUGUACGCCAUCUUCCAGGAGAGAGACCUGCUGAAGACGUUUAAGAUCCCGACGGAGACGUUUGUGGCGUACAUGAUGACCCUGGAGGACCACUACCAUGGAGACGUGGCCUACCACAACAGCCUCCACGCGGCAGACGUGGCCCAGUCCACACACAUCCUGCUCUCAACCCCUGCCCUCGACGCGGUCUUCAGCGAUCUGGAGAUCUUGGCGGCCAUCUUUGCUGCAGCCAUCCAUGAUGUCGACCACCCGGGGGUGUCCAACCAGUUCCUAAUCAAUACCAACUCUGAGCUGGCCCUGAUGUACAACGAUGAGUCUGUCUUAGAGAACCACCACCUGGCCGUGGGCUUCAAGCUGCUCCAGGAGGACAACUGUGACAUCUUCCAGAACCUGACCAAGAAGCAGAGGCAGAGUCUGAGGAAGAUGGUCAUCGACAUGGUCCUGGCCACUGACAUGUCCAAGCACAUGAGUCUGUUAGCUGACCUGAAGACCAUGGUGGAGACCAAGAAGGUGACCAGCUCUGGGGUCCUGCUGCUGGACAACUACACAGACAGAAUACAGGUUCUGAGGAACAUGGUCCACUGUGCAGAUCUGAGUAACCCUACCAAGUCUCUGGAGCUCUACCGUCAGUGGACCGACCGCAUCAUGGAUGAGUUCUUUCACCAGGGAGACAGAGAGAGGGAGAGAGGCAUGGAGAUCAGCCCUAUGUGUGACAAACACACCGCUUCAGUAGAGAAAAGCCAGGUGGGCUUCAUAGAUUACAUUGUCCACCCUCUGUGGGAGACUUGGGCUGACCUGGUUCACCCUGACGCCCAGGACAUCCUGGACACUCUGGAGGACAACAGGAACUGGUACCAGAGCAUGAUCCCCCAGAGCCCCUCUCCUCCUUGGGCCACAGAGCAGGGGGAUCAGGAGGGAGGCGAAGGGGGUCAGGGGGGAGACAAGUUCCAGUUUGAACUCACCCUGGAGGAAGAGGACUCUGAGGGUACAGAGAAAGAUGAACAGAGCCAGGGGGAUGAGGAGGAGGAAGAGGAUAGUCUGGGGGAGGCGUCUCGGUCUCCGGUAGACUACUCGGACUGUCAGGACCCCGAGGAAUCCAUGGAGCCCACGUCGUCCAUAGAGAUCAUUACCCACGAUGCAUCACCCACAGACACAUAAUGGGCUCUGCUGCACCGCGAAGGUGGUUGGUUUCAUGUUUUAAACAGGAGAAAUCCUGCAGCUGUGCAUUUUAACAAGCCCACGAUGGGCUUAGUUUGAGCCCGGAUGGGGUGUCAGUUUAACCCCACCCUAUCCUUGCACUUGCGUUAGGAGCCGGCGACAGAGGGACAGUUUCAGUGGGGCGGCUACAAAGUUCUCAGGAAAAAUGCUGCAAACAUUUUGGACCUGACGGAACGGACAGGCCUCGAGGAAAUGAAGGACUUGGGCCAAUCUGGGAAACGGUUGUUUUUCCAUCCAGACUGGCAUCUGAAAUGUUGACACUACUACUGAGAGAAGUUUUGUACCUUGUGACUUUUUUACGAAAAUGGGAUGUCAAGAGGUAGCAUUUAAACUACUGACUGAUGGACGUGUGUUUGUAUAGAGCGAGAAAACUGUUUACUUUUUUCCUGUACCAUUUGUCAAAAUACUUUUCUGUGCCUUUUUUACUAUUGUCUUUUUAAUCCUUUUUUUUAUUUAUUGAACACACUUUAGUAUGUACGUGUUUUUUUUUUUUUUUUCUAAAGAGUUACCCGAAAGCUCAAGAGCAAAAUUCUUUUUAUAUCUCAGACAAAGAGAACAGUCUUCCUUACUAGUAUUGGGCAAUAGAAGAAAUCAAACUAACUUAGACAAACAAUUCUUGGACAAACUCAUCAAAUACUUAAAACAAGACAUCUCAUAAUAAGAUACCAUUUCAAUCCGAGCACAACAUAUAUGCUUCUCUAUGGAAAUCAUGAUUCAUGUUACAUGUUACAUUGUUGCUUCAUGUGUCUGACCUCACUGUAGAUUAACGGUAGGCAGAUAGAUCACUAUAACUAAAAAAAAAACAAUUAGACCCAUUUCUCCCCAUCUAACCUGCUUCCCCUCAUUCUCCUUGAAUGACCCCCCCCCCCCACCCCCCACUACCCUCAUGGCUCAAAUCCUGAUAAUACUCAGACUUCAAGUUAGAAGGAUAUUUCUAGCUCCAUCUCAAGGUAUCCUGCUCUUGUGUAUUAAUCCUAUUCGACCAAAUGAUUCCAGAACCCAACUGGUUCUGAUGCUGUAACAAAUCAACAAAAUACCCCCCCCCCCCCCCCCCCC